CAGGCGCUGGCCGAGGAGGCGUCGGCAGCGCGGCGGGGGGCGCUCGAGUCCCGGGAGCUGGAGGCGUCCGCCGCGCGGCAGCUCGAGGCGCACAGAGAGCUGGAGGCAAGCAGGUCCGCCGCGCUCCGGGAGGAGGUGGCCGCCGGGCGGGCCGCGGGGGAGCUCGCGGCCUCCGAGCUGAGGGCCAGGGACGCGCUGUGCGCCCAGCGCCUGCAGGAGCUGGAGAGGCACGAGGCGGCGGCCCAUCGGCAGGCGGAGGAGUCGCGGAAGCUGCAGGCGCGGGAGUCCGCAUUGGUUGCGGAGCUUGCGGACACCCAGCGGCGCUUGCUGGAAACGAGGGAGUCGCGGUGCCGAGAGGACGCCGAGGCCAACAGCGAGCUGGCGGCGCAGACCGCCCAGCAUGUCCAGGCACUGGAGAGGCUGACGGCGCAGUGGCAGGCGAGGUCCAAGAGCUGCGACGCAGACGGCAACACGUUGGAGCUCCGCCGCCAGCUGCUGGCGGAGGAGAGGCGGUCCCAGGCCCUCCGCGGCGAGCUGCGAGCCGCCGAGGAGGAAACAACGGCCCCCCAGAGGGAGGUGCAGGAAGCCGGGGCAUCCCGCCAGCAGAAAGUCCAGGCGCUCGAGGCGGAGGAGGUCGAACAGGUGAAGGAGCUCCGCGCGGAGCUCACGGCGGCCAGGGCGGCGGAGGCUGCGGCCGAGCUUCGGGCGGCCAGGGCGGCGGAGGCCGCGGCGGCCCCAGCCGCGGGCGCC